CGUCGCGAGUGAGAGGGCGUUGGGGCUGCGUGCGCUCGUUUCCAUACCAUUUACCCUUCCAUAGCCCGGCCUAUCGUCCUUUCCUUCACGUCCUUUGCCUUUCAAGUGAAAUCUGACCUAGCUUUCAAUAAUGAGCAAGUUGUACGUUGGUAACCUGCCGGCCGACGCUACGGAAUCGAAUCUACGCCAGCUUUUCCAGGAACAUGGUCUAAAUUGCACUGGUGUGUUGGUGAAGCGCGGUGGAUACGCAUUCGUGGACUGUGCAGACCAAAGUGUUGCUGACCGGUCGAUAGACAAAUUAAACGGCUUCAAUUUUAUGGGGAUGCCGCUGCUGGUGGAGCCCUCCGUCUCGCCCGCCGCCGGAGCCCGGAAAGGGGUCAUGAACCAGAUGAACGACCACGGCAUGAACGGAGGAGGCGGCGGCGGCGGGGGCGGGGGCGGCGGCCCGGCGCUGGACGGUCUGGGCGGUGGCGGCGGCGGCGGGCGGCCGCCCCGGGCCCGGCCCGCCGGCCGACCUGGCAUGCCGUUCGGCGCGCUGUCGGGCCAGCCGGCGCCCCAGGCCGACUUUCCGCUGCGUAUCCUGGUCAACAGCGAGAUGGUGGGCGCCAUCAUCGGUCGGCAGGGCAACACGAUCCGGCAGAUCACACAGAGCACCCGCGCCAGGGUUGAUGUGCAUAGAAAGGACAACACUGGCUCCUUAGAGAAGGCCAUUACGAUAUAUGGCAACCCAGAGAACUGUGAUAAUGCGUGCAAGAAAAUCAUUGAAGUCAUGAUGCAAGAGGCGGCCAAUACAAAUAAGGGGGAAGUGCCGCUGAAAAUACUGGCCCACAAUAACCUGAUCGGACGGAUCAUCGGCAAGGGCGGCAACGUAAUCAAACGAGUGAUGGAGGAGACCGACACGAAAAUCACCGUGUCCAGUGUGGCCGACAUCAACAGCUUCAACCUGGAGCGGACCAUCACCAUCAAGGGCGGCCUGGAGGGUAUGUCGGACGCCGAGCGGCUGGUGGUGGCCAAGCUGCGCCAGAGCUACGAGAACGACCUGCAGGCGCUGGCGCCGCAGUCCAUCAUGUACCCGGGCCUGCACCCCAUGGCCAUGAUGUCCACCAUCGGUCUGGGCUUCAGCCGCGGCGCGCCGGGUCUGUACGGCGCCGGGCCGGCGGCCUACCCGCCCGUCUACCCGAGCGGGCCGGCCGGCCAGCAGCCGGCGCCCGCCUCCGAGACCGUCUGCCUGUACGUGCCCAGCGCCGCCGUCGGAGCCAUCAUCGGCCGCAAGGGCAACUACAUCCGCAACAUGAUCCGCUUCAGCGGCGCCUCGGUCAAAAUCGGCCAGCAGGAGGAGGAGGGCGGCGGCGGCGGCGGCGGCGGUUCGCCGGGCGCGCGCCACUCGCCGCCGCCGCCCACGGACGGCUCCGAGCCCGGCGGACACAAGGCGCCGCUGCUGGAGCACGUAGCGGAGAGGAAGGUGACCAUCUACGGCACGCCCGAGGCGCAGUGGAAGGCGCAGUUUUUGAUAUUUGACAAGAUGCGAGAGGAGGGCUACGGCGUCGGGAUCGAGGACGUCCGGCUGCCGGUGGAGCUGACCGUGCCCAGCUCACAGGUGGGCCGCAUCAUCGGCAAAAAGGGCCAGAACGUGCGCGAGCUGCAGCGCUCCACGGGCACCGUCAUCAAGCUGCCGCAGCCGCCCGAGGACGGCCUGGCGCCCGAGGAGACGGUCGUGCACAUGGUGGGGCCCUUCUACUCGGUGCAGUCGGCGCAGCGGCGUAUCCGGGCGCUGGUGGCGCAGGGCGCGCCGCCGGCCGGCCGGCCACCGCGCGCGCCCCUAUCGCCGCCGCCGCAGCCGCUCAUCUAGUGACGCUCCCGCCGCCGCAGCUGCCGCCACCACCGACCACCGGCCACCACCGACCGACGCCCAGCCUCUGCCACUCUCUCCUCUGUCCGCCGCCACCUCCAGCCGACCAUCGGGACCGGCCGGGGGCGCCUCAGCCCUUCAGCCGACCCUCAGGACCGGCCGGGGGCGCCGCGCCCCCCAGCCGACCAUCGGGACCGGCCGGGGGCGCCUCAGCCCUUCAGCCGACCCUCAGGACCGGCCGGGGGCGCCGCGGCCCCCAGCCGACCAUCGGGACCGGCCGGGGGCGCCUCAGCCCUUCAGCCGACCCUCAGGACCGGCCGGGGGCGCCGCGGCCCCCAGCCGACCAUCGGGACCGGCCGGGGGCGCCUCAGCCCUUCAGCCGACCCUCAGGACCGGCCGGGGGCGCCGCGGCCCCCAGCCGACCAUCGGGGCCGGCCGGGGGCGCCUCAGCCCUUCAGCCGACCCUCAGGACCGGCCGUGGGCCCUCCAGCCCUUCAGGACCGACCGGGGACCCUCCAGCCGAGCCUCAGGACCGGCUGGGGGCGCCGCGACCCUCCAGCCGUCCCUCAGAACCAGCAGCGCCCAGCGGCCGGCCGGGGGCGCCAUCGUGCGCCCCCGUGCCACCGCCACCGCCACAGCACGACCGGAUAACAGCUAGCUGAUAGGUGCGCGGGAAUCGAUGUCUUUUAUAUGUCUAGUGAGUAAAUUGUUUAUUUUUUAUAUGUGUUAAUGAAAUUUUUGUUGAAUUUUAUAUGCGAGAGAGCUAGACGGGCCGCGCGUACUUGAGACGCGCCGCCGCGCGCCGGACGGCCGCCGGGACAAUCCGGGCCCGCCGGCGGCCCAGGAGAGAGUGACCGAAGAGAGAAGACAAGGUGAACAGAAAAACAGAAGGAAAGCAGGAGAGAGAAGAGGAGCCUGCAGGGAGCGCGCCGGGCUCCCGCCGGCAGAACCCCACCCCUACCCGGCCGAUCAGCCAGACCGACCGAGCCUACCUCGCGCGCCGCGACCGCCGGGCCGCCACGAGAGCGACAAUGCCAGAGAGUGAGACAGACAGAGAGCUGCCGCGGAGUGCUGGCAGGCGUGCCCCUACCUCGCCCGGCGGUCGGGCGCCGCCCGCGCGGUGGCGCCGGCGCCGGUCGGCCGUGCCCGCCGCUCCCUCAGGUCCGCUGCGCAGCCGGGCCGGCGCGGCCGGCCGCCGCCGCGCGCCGCCACACUGUAUCAUAGCUGCAUUCAGUACCCGUUCUCCGUUACUCUUUGCUUACAUGGUGUGUUGGGCGGCGGCGGCGCGGCGCGGGUACCGCCCGCCGGCGCCGCCGCCGUCCGCUGUAUCUGUUGGUGUACGGGCGCGGUGGCCGGUCCGCCGGCCCGCCGCGCCCCCCGUAUGCUACCGCUGCCGUGCAUGUACCUAUGUUUAUUGGUAUUUGAGUUGUUAGACUAUCGGUAGUUGCGCCCGGCCUUCUCGGGCCGGCCGCUGUGCGCCGGUACAAAGGCGGCCGCCCCGCGGCGCCGGCCACUCUGACCUCAGCGCUCUACCUCAGGCGCCGGCUGAGCGGGCCCGUGCGCCGCGCGCCGCGCCCUCCACCCCAGCAGUCGACUGUAACCUUCCGAGCUCACCGCUCCGUGGAGCGCCGGUUUCUGGCUGGACAAAUAAAUUAUUACGGUUGA